AUGAGCUUUGACACAACAAAUUUAUUGACUUUGAACAACGAACCUUUCCCGACUCAACCGCAAUCCUCAUCAUCCUCAUCAUCAGAUCAAAAACAAAUUUCGAAACUCAUUCUAAAAACAGCAUUACAAAAGGCCAAUGCUGCUGUUCAAUGCGACUCAACAAACGACGUUAUGGGCGCUAUUAGUGCAUACAAGGAAGCUAUCACUCUACUAGGGCGCGUUCUCGUUACAGUAGACAAGCAAAACGAUAAGCGCCGUUUACAAGAAAUCUACGACUCAUAUUCUGAAAGAAUUCGACUUUUGAACUCCAUUACUCAAAGGCCAAGCAACGAAGAACAUCAAGAAGCUCCUGUUCGCAGUUUAAAUAUCAGCUCAACACUUCAAGAAACAAAGUGUUCAAUUGAAUCUUCACCAAGCCACACUCAUGCUUGGCAGGAUAAUAAUGCUCAUCUUUCAAGUUCCACUACUCGGCUUGUUAGUCAAAAGGAGUUGACAAAAAUUCCCACUUCACCCACUACACCUCAAUUACAAUCCUCAAAAAGCACACCUACACACUUAUUCUUUGAACACAAACCACACAAUGAUGACUCAGACUCUGAAGAAGAUGAUGAAUGUAGCCAUCAUGAACCUAUGCCAACCAUGCAUAUCAGUAUAGCAAGAGGAAGACGAUCGAGCUCAAUUAGCUCUAUUGAAUCAGCGCUUUCAUAUGAAAGCGCUGCUGUUGAACAACCUGCCAUGACCUUACCUUCCUUGAGAAAAAAAGACGAAGAUAAUACACCUAUACCAAGACUUAAGACUGCUUUUCGUGCACGCACAAGUAGUCUCCCUCGACCCUCAUUAAUGCAGAGAUCUUCGUCGAUGUCUACUGUAGAGACCCUGGGAUCGCAUGUUGAUCCUUCUAUUGCUUCCUCGAUAGAAGAAGAGCAGGAAGAAGCCAUUGUGCCGGAAGAAGAAUAUAGACACCCCAUCACGAUCGAUACAUCUCAGCAAACCAUUUCUCGUCCCGGCUUCAUUCGACCUUCCAUAAGCGGAUUAGGGUCCAUGCGCAAAAAAGCGGUGAAUCGAUUAUCAAUGGAAGGAUUUGUUGGACGCAACAAGGAUAAAAUAGCAAGUUCGCCGUCCAACGGAAGCAGUUUUAGCAUCUUCUUAAAAGAUCCAAUAAAACCUGCAGCUGAAUCGGAUUGUAUGGACACAAAUCAUAUCGCUGUUUCUUAUCAACAACCACACUAUGAGGAUUCCAUGUCGAAUCAAUACAAUGGCAACAGAAGACCUUCUUCAGCAAGUCAUCAGCUGAAUGGCAAUCACCUCAAGCUAUUACUUGCAAUAGAAAAAAGUAUGAUUGAAGGUGCACAUGUUACACAAAGACUUUAUAUACCCAAAAAUUUAUGGCAACAGCCCAACAUUCGCCUUUCGUCUAUUGAUAUCAAAAUAUCUGCAUGUGAAUCCAUUAUCAAUGAUAUUGCUCGGCUUGAGAACUGGUCUUAUUUAGACGAUUUAGUAAGUUCAACAAGAUUACUCGAUCACUUUGAGAACUCUAUGGAUCAACUUCAAAACGCAUUAGCUAAAAAGCUAAAAAAGGACAGUAUGAAUGCAGAGAGCCCAAACUCAUCGAAUGGAAGUGUUGUUGGGUCAAGCAAUGCCAGUAUACACAGCACACACAGUCGGGAUUCCAUGGCCACUAUAGGCAGUAAAAUUGAAAAUAACAAAAAGACGCAAUCGUUUAUGUCCUGGAGUACUAAACUGACAAAAUCAGUGGAAAGGAUGAAUGCAUUCAGUCUGACAAAAACAGAGGAUCAAUUUAAGAAUUAUAUCGAGGCGUUACAAAAGCUGUUUUUAAAGAUUCAUGUCUUGGAACAUUGGCUCGACUAUUAUUGUGUUGAAAAGAGAAAGUCAAAACAACCUCAACAUGAUGUGCUGAUAAUGAAAUUAACCAAGAUUUGUACAAUCAUUACUAACUUAAUUGGUGGUUUUGUUGUAAGAGAUAUCACUGUCUUGCUAGCUAAAUGGCUAAAAAGAGGUGGUUCAUGGGUGAAUGAGUAG